UUUAGACAGGAGGAAAUCACAUCAUUGGUUCUCAGGAUAGAGCUACUUUACCAUCAAGAUGACUUCGACCCACGGAUUUGGAUAAUGGCUCCCGGUUACAGUGUCACUAUUUUGAUGAUAAUGAUUUCAGGUGGAAAACAGGUGGAUGAGAGACAAGUGUCAAUCAAACAGAAAUCACUUGCAACUGUAACCAUUCAACACCCUUUGCCGUCCUAUUGCUGCUGGAUUUUGAACCUGGUGUAUUUCAUAUUCAUCUUCAACACUGGCAUACUGAUAGCGGUGGCCUCGGACAUCUGCAAGAUGAAGCAGGUUUUCAGGAGCAGCUCGAGGCCCGGCGCAGGGGCCGAGGGAGCGACCCGGGGGGACCCCAUGAGGUUUGGCGAGACCUGCAGGAGCAGCCUCACCGUGAUGGCUCUCACCUGCCUGAUGGGGAUCACCUGGGACCUGGCAUUCCUGGGCUCAGGAUACGUCAACAACACCAUCCUCUAUCUCUUCUGCUCCUCUCUGUUCAAAGGUUUCUUAUUGGUCUGGGGAAUCAGUCAGCCAAGAAGCAGAGGACAGAGACAUGGAGGAGAGACUGACUUCCACUGCUGUGAAGACUUCAGGAGUCAAAUAUGAUUAACUGCUGUCGAUCCAAGGCCUGGUCCCAAUCUUCUCACUCACGGACUCUCGGACUUUGUCCGUGAGGGUUUAAUUCUGUCCCGUGGUCAAAUCAUGGUUGAGGGCAGAUAUUUUGAGCCCUUUGUAGACUUUUGCCUGAGGGAUUGCCCCAAUUCAUGAAAUAAAUACCCAUAAUUGUACAUAA